AUGACCGAGUUGCACCAAGCAGCAUCAGUGGGGGAUUUUGAUCGAGUUGAGGAGAUUCUAAGGGAAAAUGAUUGCAAUCCAAAUCAGAGGGACGUGGACUGGAGCUACAAGACUCCUCUCCACUGGGCAGCAGCUCAAGGACAUACAGAAACGGUCAGGACCCUCAUUGAGCAUGGAGCCAGGCCGUGUCUGAGGAACGACCAUGGAUGGACUCCUGCCCACAGUGCUGCAGAGUCCGGCCGGCUGGCUGUGCUGCGGCUGCUGCACUCCCUCCAUGCCCCGAUAGACAAGGAGGACUGCUGUGGAGACAAACCAGCCCGGAUAGCCGAAAUAUAUGGACACCAUGACUGCGUUCUAUUCCUUAAAAAAGCAGAAAUUGAAUGCCAGGCCUACCGCAAAAUGGCAGCCCAGAAAGGGAUUUCAGUGGAUGACACGGAUGAGGAGUGGGCAGAACAAGGAAAGGAAAAUGAAGAAAAGGCGAUCUCUGAGAGCAACAUUCAGACACCUUUAGUAAACAAAGUGUGUACAAGAGUGACUUCCUUGUAG